GGCGUGGGCAGAGCAGGGCCGGGGCUGGGACCAACAGCCUGCAGGGCGAGCAGUGCAUCCCUAUUUCCAAAGACGUCAUCACUUCCUCCUCUGCCUCCGCCAUGUGGUUUAUCAGGGACGUCUGUGGUAUUGUGUGCGCCGUCAUCACCUGGCUGCUGGUUUUGUAUGCAGAGUUCGUGGUGCUGUUUGUGAUGCUGCUGCCAUCCAAGAAUCUGACGUACAGCAUUGUGAACGGGACCCUGUUCAACAUUCUGGCCUUCCUUGCCCUUGCCUCACAUGUCAGGGCCAUGUGCACUGACCCUGGGGCGGUGCCAAAAGGUAAUGCUACUAAGGAAUACAUAGAAAGCCUUCAGCUGAAACCAGGGCAGGUGGUCUACAAAUGUCCCAAGUGCUGCAGCAUCAAGCCUGACCGAGCACACCACUGCAGUGUUUGCAAACGCUGCAUACGCAAGAUGGACCACCACUGCCCCUGGGUCAAUAACUGUGUUGGGGAGAACAACCAAAAGUACUUUGUGCUUUUUACAAUGUAUAUUGCACUCAUCUCUCUCCACGCUCUGCUCAUGGUGGUCUUCCAUUUCCUCUACUGCUUUGAAGAUGAUUGGACAAAGUGCAGUUCCUUCUCUCCUCCAGCAACAGUCAUCCUCCUUAUACUCCUGUGCUUUGAGGGUCUCCUCUUCCUCAUCUUCACCUCUGUGAUGUUCGGCACCCAAGUCCACUCCAUCUGUACCGACGAGACUGGCAUAGAGCAGUUGAAAAAGGAAGAGAGAAGAUGGGCUAAAAAAACUAAGUGGAUGAACAUGAGGGCGGUAUUUGGACACCCUUUCUCCUUAUUGUGGUUUAGUCCCUUCUCCACCCCUGACCAUGGAAAAGCUGAGACCUACCAGUAUGUGGUGUGAGAGCUCAGCACAUUGAAUGAAGGUCAAAGUGGGAAACCCUGGCAGCCCCACAGAGCUCAGCUAUGGCAGUCUGGUGCUCCCAAUGCUGAACAUGAUUAACAUUGUAUCCCCCACACUAGCCAUGGACAGCUUUCCAUCUGCUUUUUAUUUUGCUGUCUAAGUGCUGCACUAUACAUUUACUUGUGUGUUGCCUUGAGUGAGUUGAGUUGCAGAGAAAAAGAAAGCACUUUCAGUUUGUGAAUCCUGUUUGAAAACACUGUGAUAAAUCUGUUUUUUUCCAAGCUGUUUCUAUGUCUGUAUCAGAUGCCUUCUCUUUUCUCUGUAUAUUCUUGCAUUCCCUUGCAGGGUUAGUUCAGUUUAACAUCCUCUCAGUUACCCCUAGUUAUGUCUGGCCAUGCUGAUAGUUUUACGAGUUGUUGAGGAUUAAAGAUAUUUAAGCCGCUGCCCCAAAACAAUGAAGAUAAUUUAAUACAGGGCUGCCACUAAUGAUUAUUUUUAUUAUCUGCCAAAUAUUUUCUUUUAUUCUAUGAAAUGUCACAAUAAUAAUGUUCCCAGAAUCCAAGUCGAUGUGUUUAAUUUCUCAUUUUGUUUAACUAACAACAAUUCAACAGUCCAAAAAAAGAUGGUUAUUUAAUAUAUAUUUUUGGACAACACAAAAAAAACUGGACCCUCUUUUCAUUUUUGCUUAAAUGAAUGUUUCAGAUUAAUUUAGUGUUGAUUUUCUGAAAGGGUAAGUGUGCAGUAUUUAGGGGGUUAUCAAAUUUGCUCUUGAGGUUUUUCCAGAUGUCAUUUUUCAACCCUCUCAGGCUGACCUUUCUAAGCCGUGCAGAAUGCAGCAUGUAAAGGAACAGUUUGACGUCAUUAUUGUGGAUGUUUGUGUAAUUUCUUCUCACAAUUACAAUUGAUCAAAGAUCUGACCCCCCCAGUAAAAAAUAAAUACUUUGAUAAUGUUA